AUGAGAACCAGCAGCCACACCCGUGUUUUUGCGGCUUCAUUGCUCAUUCAAAGUAUCUUAGCACAAAAUGCAACCAAUUCGACGGCGUAUGACCCUUUACAAUACGUUGACCAGCUGAUUGGAAGUAGCAAUGGAGGAAACGUCUUUCCAGGUGCAACUCUUCCUUAUGGAAUGGCGAAAGCCGUCGCAGACACAAAUUCCGGGUCUAACCAAGGUGGUUUCACUACCGAUGGGAGUAGUAUCACGGGAUUCUCGAGCAUGCACGAUUCCGGAACUGGUGGCUCUCCUUCUUUGGGAAACUUUGCACUUUUUCCUUACAAUAGUUGUGCUGGAGACGACCCGGAUGGAUGUGUAUAUCCAAAGAAAGGAAGAGCUGUGCCAUAUGUAAACAGCUCUCUCAAAGCUUCGCCUGGAUAUUUCGGGCUUCAACUAAACAGUGGGGUAUCAGUAGACAUGACAGCAGCUCAACAUACUUCUUUAUUCCGAUUCAAAUUCCCUGCCAACUCGACUAGUUCGUCGUCUAGUCCCUUGAUUCUCCUAGAUCUGACAGAUCUUUCGGAUUCGAGGCAGGACAAUGGGACCAUUGACGUGGACGCUGCAACCGGACGAAUGACUGGUAAUGCAAAAUUCCUCCCAAGUUUCGGAACCGGAAACUAUGUCCUGUAUUUCUGUGCCGAUUUUCAAGGCGCUCCAAUCCGAGACAAUGGAAUCUUCGCCAACAGCCGUGCUAGCGCUGAUGUGAAGAGCUUGACAAUCUCAAGAUCUAUCAAUGGGUACCCUCUUCCUGGGGGCGGAUUCGUUCGAUUUGAGUCACCAGGCGAUGAUGACAUUCUCGCAAGAGUUGGAGUUAGUUUCAUAAGCAGUGAACAGGCGUGUUCAAGUGCUGAAGAGGAAAUUCCUUCAUUCGAUUUUACUACUACUCAGACCGCGGCAGAAACCGCGUGGAGGGAGAAGCUGAGUCCCGUUUUAGUUUCUACGAAUGGUGUGCAACUAUCAGCGCUCAAGAAUUUCUAUUCUGGGAUCUACAGAACUAUGGUCAAUCCACAAGACUACACUGGAGAGAACCCUUUGUGGCAAAGCUCGGAGCCAUACUUUGACUCCUUCUACUGCAUCUGGGAUCUGUUCCGAUCACAAAUGCCGUUCUUGACUGUGAUAGAUCCAGUAACUGUAGCUCGACAGAUUCGGUCUCUCAUUGACACCUAUAAACACUUAGGAUGGCUUCCUGAUUGUAGAAUGACUCUCAACAAGGGCUUCACUCAAGGUGGUUCAAAUGCUGAUAAUGUUCUGGCGGAUGCAUAUCUCAAAGGCAUUACGGAUGGCAUCGACUGGGAUAUUGGCUAUGAUGCUGUAGUCAAAGACGCCGAAGUAGAGCCUUACGACUGGUGUUGUGAAGGACGAGGUGGCCUUGAUUCUUGGAAGUCACUUGGCUAUAUUCCAGUCCAAGACUUUGAUUACAAAGGGUUUGGAACGAUGACAAGAAGUCUUUCCCGAACUCUCGAAUACAGUUACAACGACUUCGUCAUAACCCAAAUUGGCGCGGGACUUGGUGGCAGAGAAAGCGAUGUCGAGAAGUACACCACUCGAGCUGGGAAUUGGAAAAACCUAUUCAAAGCCGACCAGACAUCCUCUCUUCCCACCGGAGUAGAUACAGGUUUCGUUGGAUUUUUCCAGCCGAAAUACCUAAAUGAGACUUGGGGUUCCCAGGAUCCGUUGGAGUGCAGCAAUAUCGAUACCAACCCAAACAGUGUAUGCUCACUCCAGAACACUGGUGCAGAGACAUUCGAGAGCAGUAUCUGGGAAUACUCAUUCUUUGUUCCUCAUGACCAAGCAACUCUCAUAACCACGUUUGGAGGACCGGCCGCGUUUGUUGAACGCCUCGACUACCUCCACAACCAAAAUAUCACUUAUAUUGGCAACGAGCCUGCCUUCUUAACGGUGUUCCAGUACCACUAUGCUGGUCGCCCCGCACUUUCCGCACUGAGAUCUCAUUACUACAUUCCCGCAUUCUUUGAGCCCACCCACGAGGGACUUCCCGGUAACGAUGACAGUGGGGCCAUGGGCUCCUUCGUCGCAUUUUCCAUGAUAGGGCUCUUUCCCAACCCAGGACAGGAUGUCUAUCUAAUCAUCCCCCCAUACUUCGAAAGCGUAUCCGUCACCUCACCAAUCACAAACAAGACCGCCACAAUCUGCAACGUCAACUUCGAUUCAACAUACAAGAACGUGUAUAUCCAAUCUGCGACUUUGGACGGAGAGCCCUACACCAAGAAUUGGAUUGACCAUUCGUUCUUCACGGAAGGAAAGGAGCUUGUGCUUACUCUAGGAGCCACGGAAAGUACCUGGGGUACACAAGUUGCGGAUUUGCCGCCUAGUCUUGGGACUUAUGAGGGAUUCGGGAAUUCCACUAAUGGGACGAUGACUUCAAAGAGGGCUGUGAGGUUUGGGGCUGAGCCAAUUAACUUGCUUACUGAGAAGACCGGAGCGAAGUAUUGGGCUCAGAACGAAGGAUGA